AUGGCGUCGAGACCAGGUCUUCUCACGGACUGGCCAUGGACACCUCUUGGAAGCUUUAAGUACUUGGUGGUGGUACCGCUGGUUAUCGACAGCAUCUACUCGUACGCGACAAUGCGAGAUAUCGAUAGACUUUUGAUAGUGGCGGUAAUGGUGGGGCGAAUUGUGCACAGCCAGAUUUGGAUAAGUUUUGCUCGGUACCAAACUGCGAAAGGGACCAAACGGAUCGUGAACAAAUCUGUAGAGUUUGAUCAAGUGGACCGAGAACGGACGUGGGACGAUCAGGUCAUAUUCAACACUCUUAUUAUUUACUUAACAAAAGUGUAUGUAAUAGGAUCCAACACCGUUCCCUUUUGGCGACUCGAUGGAGUGGUUCAAGUCGCUCUCCUCCAUGCGGGUCCUGUUGAGUUCAUCUAUUACUGGUUUCACAGAGCCCUUCACCACCACUUCCUCUACUCUCGCUACCAUUCACACCACCACUCAUCCAUCGUCACCGAGCCCAUCACUUGUACGUACAUAUAUAUUACAUCUAUAUAUAAUUCCUGA